AUGGCUAACGGUGAACAGUUGGAGCAGGCCUUUCCAACAAUUCUCCCCAAACCACAGACACAAAUAAUCAUGCAGCGAUUAGGCAAAACCCAUGGGAUCAACUACAGACUAGCGAUCAAAAUCAGCACCAUUCUGGCGUUUGUACUGGCAUACGCUAUCCUAUGUCUCGCCAUCUUUCUACGUGCGAAACGGGCGGUUUCAUCGACGAUUGCUCUAGGUGUCGACCUGUCGAUUGCCCUUAGUAUAUUGAGUCUAUGCAUCCUUGGGGCCCGUUUCUACCUUCAGUCCCUUCAUAGCCAGAAAUUGCGGAGCAAUACUCCUAUCACAUCGCGGCCUGUGCUCCGGCUCGGUGUUGCUUGUCGACAAGGAACAAAAUGUCUGCUCUGGUUCUGGACAGCAUUAUCCGGUUGGAAUCUGGUGAUUGCUGUCAGAGCUCCAAUCUGCGUCCGUCACCCGUCGAUGAGACCCCAGGGUGGUUUGUUUGAGAAUAGCUGGAAGUUUGGGUUCUUAUGCAGAAUCCAUCGCACCAUUGUUGCGUUCUCCAUUAUACUCCUCAUUUGCCUUCUCUUGGUGUAUUUCACCACCUACUGCCGCUCGUCUCAAGGUUAUGUCCCUGGAAGUUACAUGAUACCAUAUGAUAAAAAAGGCCAACUCUACCUCGUUUCCGAGAGACGACCAAGUCGGCUCGAGCGGGAACAAUGGCUGCAACGCAGAAACAGCAUGUCUUCACAGAAGGCCAUUUUCCCUCACAGGAUCUACAGCCACCCCUUUGAACACUGGCCUCGCUACGCCAUGUAUAGCUAUGCCCCUACCAGUCAUAAUUCCAGCACGCUGCGCUCAGUCUCCGAAGGCGCAUGUCUGGACCUCAGUGAUAGGAAUUCGUCGCCCAAUUCCUCACAAUCUUCAGGCUCAUCUACCAGGUCCCCUCGCGCCUCGACGAGCCAGCUACCAUCACGCAGACUGCCUAAUAGUAGUCCAGAAAAGCUGGUCGCGAUCCGUGAAAACAAGGGUUCACCAAAGAAGAAUUCAAUUCGAGAUGUCCCACCUUUGCCAGCGCCACCUGCUCCGACCUGGUCACCUGCUUUGCACCAUACUCCAUUGAGUGCAGAUCCAUUGAUACGAGCAUUGACAACCGGGGGUGCAGGCGGGCAGAGAAUGUCUCUGCUCUACUCCCGGUCUUCGCCCGCUUUGGUAUCUCAGCUCCCACCACGGUCUCGCUCGGUUGAGCCGGCGAUGAGAUCGAAGAGCCAAAAUGUCGCAGACGUGACAUCGGUGCCUACAAUACCCCUUUCAGACGCUCAAACCGUGUCUCCGCCUAUUCAGACCGCUAUAGCACCUCCGCGUCCAAGCAUCCCUCCGCCCGCUCCUCCCCUAACAUCAAUUCUCCCACUCAUUCCCGUCCCAGCAAACCCAACCUCAAUCCCACCAGCCAUACCUCUCCGCGCAGCAGGACACUCAAUGCGCCGUCCCCCCACUGCCACCACCAAUAUGACAGCCAGCCCUUCAGCAUCAUCGCUUCGCCCAGCCCUCCGCCGGCCCUCUCCAAUCCGGAACCGCUCACAACAGUCUGCUCAGUAUCAUCCCCACCUUCACCAUGCUCACCACGCCCCUCAACACAGUCUCAACUACUACUACUACUACUACUACACACCACAGCAGCACAUUCAGAAAUACCAGGGCCAGCUAAUCGCACAAGCGGGAGCGGGAGCGAUGCAAUUCCAUCACCAGCACCGCACUUACCGUCGCCCGGGCCGCCGCGGCUGUGACCCAGUCAGCUCGAGCGUCUACUCUGCAAGUUCGUACGGGACGUCACGUACAAUGGCGUCCUCUGCGAGUGCGGCUUCUAAGGCUAGGUAA